UGGUGAUUUGGUCGUGUGUAGGAGCUGUAUGUCGACUCUAGAAGAACUUCGCGCUCCUGCUGCGUAUCUCUUUCUGGUCUACGCGUCGUGCUUCUUACUUUACAUUGUCGUGCCAGGCCGAAGGGUGAGCGGCUACGUACGAAAUGCGAGAGGGAAACCUUUGCUGUACAGACUGAACGGUUUACGAGUCUUUCUCCUUACUAUCUGUGUGACUGGCUGCGCUUGUUAUUUAUCCAACACAUCGUUUACACUUGCAAGUUCCCACCGAAUGAGUUGUUGUGUGUGGGCGUGCCUUCUGGGCUUGGUGGUGUCCUCAUUGUUUUACCUAAAGGGGCCCUUUGAAGAACACAUGUCGGCUCAUUCUGUUCCUGCAUCGAGGGACGUCGGAGAUUUCAAGAAUUUUCGUAAAGCUGCCAGAAUAUUUUUCAAUGGGUGGGAAUUGAAUCCUUGCUUGGGACUGAUUGACUUCAAAAUGUUCUUCUACCUGGCAGGAGCAACGAUGCUGGAGAUAAAUGUGUUGUCGGGAUUGGUUUAUCACUACUCUACGUUUCAGGAGAUAUCUUGGCCGUUGAUUGUUUACUGUUGCGAAAUGACUUGGUUUUUGGUUGAUUAUGUCUACCAUGAACAUGUCCAAUUGUACACUUAUGAUCUGUUUGCUGAAAAUGUUGGCUUCAAGCUAGCUUGGGGAUGCCUUUGCUUUUAUCCAUACUUCUACAGCAUUGGCUUGCCUGUACUCUACCAAGCCAAACAAGGCGAUGUUCCUUAUUUAUAUUAUGUACUGAUUAUAUCGAUUGUUGUCUUUAUUGUCGGGUAUGUGUUGUCUCGAGGAGCGAACAACCAGAAGUACAAGUUCAAGAUUGAUCAAAAAGUUAAGAAGUAUGGGUUCAUAGAGCAGAGAAGCAUUGGGGGCAAGUUGUUGGUGUCUGGAUUUUGGGGUGUAUCUCGGCAUGUCAAUUAUCUUGGCGAAAUACUAAUGGCUGUUGGUUUGGCUCUUCCUGGUGGUUGGAUUGGUGGAUCACUGCUGCCAUGGCUAUACCCUGUCUAUUAUGUUUUGCUUCUUGUUAGAAGAGAGCGGGACGACAAUGUGAGAUGUCAACAGAAAUACAAAUAUCUCUGGGACAAAUAUACAUCUCAGGUUCCGUGGAGAAUUGUGCCAUACUGUUACUAAAUGAAAAGAGGCUCUGCAUCAGGGUAAAAACAUGUGGGUAUUGUCACUUGGUAUUGCUUUCAACUUUGUAACUUGGUGAACGGUUUGUUGUAUGUGGAAUGUACGUGUUUUGCACUGCUAGUGCUUAAUUCACUGCCAGUUAGUGGUAAAUUAUUAUGUGGGCGUAACCCUAGUGUAACAGGAACCGGGCAUUUUCAGGACAUUGAUUUUAAGUUUUAUUGUAAAAUUUGUUUUUGAAUUAUAAUUUUUGUGGCAUUACAACAUCUAUUGUUGCUAUCGUAUGGGCAAUCGCUAUGGUCACUUUGAUUGUUGAACUCUUGAAGGAAAGUAUUGUUUGUGUGUUUAUCAGCUCUAAAAACUAUUUUAGCUACCUGGAUGUUUAAAACUUUUAUUACGUGAUAGACUGCAUCUACUCAGAUCUUGUAGUUUGGUGCACGCAUGCACACAGUGUGCGUGCUUACACACA